AUGAAAAUUUUCUUCAUAUUUUUUGUUUUAUUUUCAGUUUUAUUUUCUCAAAAAGCGAGAAACUGUCAGUGCACAGCGGGGAUUUUGAGAAACGAAGAUGGAUUGUUGAAUUGCCUCUGCUCUGAAGAAAUCAUUUGGAAUGUAAAAGAGAAGUUUCCGGAUUGGUUUUUGCAUAUUGUUGACAAGACUAACAGAGAUUUUCAAACAAAAUGCUCCAGAAAGAAUCUCGUCGAUCACGCAAAAAAGACAAACAUCACCGUUUUCGACUUCUUCAACAAAGACGCCACUGUCAUUCAAGGACUGCGCUCUGACUUCUGGCAAAUAACGGACAUCUUCGAAAGCAAAAACUGGAGCAUCGAAAACGAUGAUUUUGAGGAAGAAGGCACUUCUGAAACUCACGUUCUUCUUUUUGAAAACAGCUUUUUCGAUGUCAAAAAUCGAGAGAACAUCACGAUCAAUUCAGCUUUUCUGCCAACAAAAGUUUCUGACAAGAUUUUUCUUUCGUACUUGACCUAA